CUGAUAGCCCGAUCCCGAUAGCUAAAGACAUGACAUUUCCUCCUCCUGAUUUCGAUGGCCAGCAGCCAGUGCAGUUUUUGCAGUUUAGCUAUUACUUAGGCGCUGUACGAAGAAAACUGACAGUAAGGUGGUGAAGGAACUUCUCCGCCAGUUUCUGGACAAGGAGCAAUGGGAAAGCUGGUCCCAGGAGUGACGGCUCGUGAAUAUUUCGCCUAUGCCAUUCACAACUUCGAUGAACAAAUCCAUGAAGCCGGUCUGAUGCAGUGUCCCACGGAGCAGACACCUAAGGCGGAAUUUCGCGAUUGUCAUCCCUUGUUCUUGCGGUACUACAAUGUUCCCGAAGGGAUUGCUAAAUCCCUCCGCCGGGCGGACUAGAAAAACUCGGAUGUUAACUCAGGAUGAUACCCACUGCUAACUACCACAAGAUCAGUAGCAACCUGCUGGCCACCACCUAAAUACUGAAACAAAAAAGCACGAUGUGCGGCGUUUCGUCCUCACCAGUCGCAGACCACAAUUCAAGUCAACAACUUCAAGGACCACUCAGACGAUGUGGCUGAAAAACAAAAAGUAGUCCAGAACUAUAUCAUCCAGAACUAUAUAUAUCGUUAAUCCCUAUAAAUCGAAAAGAUACCUGCAUCCAUCAAGGGGCAAAUCCCUGUAAAUGGAGCAACAAGGGACAAAGAAGUUGUUAAAAUUAUCACAGACGACGACGUGAAGGGGAAAAGGAGGAGGACGCAAGAAGCUAAAAUCAGUAGAAUAUACCUAUAAUCAGAUACUCCGUACCUGUUAAUUUCAGGAUUAUAACAAUUAUCUUGGUUUCCACUGCCAAAAAGCCGGAAAUGUUAUGAGUGGUAUUAUCCAUAUUAUAUCAUAAACCGAUGUGGUUUAGCUGUAACAUUUGGUUUAGAGUUGCCCCAACGACCCAUUUGAGUUCAAUAGACAACCCUUAAAAAUGCACACGCAAUGUUUACCACAGCGAAUAGGUCUGAAUUCAGAUAACGAUGACGGGACUCAAGGUGUUUCUGAAGGAAGGAUUUAAAGUGGCGGCGGUAAUGGGUCUGGGCGAUACGAUAGCCCAGUUGGCCAUCGAAAAGAAGCCGCUUGACGACUGGGAUGCCGCGCGAACCCUUAGAUUCGGUGCCCUUGGUAUGGUGUUCGUGGGGCCGGUUCUGCGGCGAUGGUACCUAUUUCUGGAGUCGAGAGUUCCCAAAACCCUCACUCCGAUGCGCCGAGGGGCCGUCAAGAUGCUGGCCGACCAAGCCCUCUUCGUGCCCCCCUUCGCGUUGGCCAUGUCUUUCCUGGUGCCGCUUGUCAACGGCGAGCCCGUCGUACGGAUCCGGCAGCGCAUCCUCGACAGCUACCCCACCAUCCUGGUCCGGAACUACAUGCUCUGGCCAGCCGCCCAGAUGAUCAACUUUAGCUUUGUGCCGUUGGGCUACCAGGUGAUCUACGUGCAGUGCAUCGCUCUCGUCUGGAACUGCUACCUCUCCCUGGUGCUGAACAGCUAGGGCGGUCCGUAUACAUGUGCGGAUGUGCGGCCCGUCGAAUAAAUUAGCUCUAC